AUGUCAGAAAGUGUACAAUUAUUAACCCAAGCAAGUGGUUAUGGGAUUUUAGUUGGUGUUGGUGCCUUGUUUGCUGGUGGUAUGAUUCUUACUACCAAACUCUUGGAAAAAUAUUUACAUGAAAAUAGUCAUUCCACUGAAACUUUCUCAGUUGCAAAUCGUAGUGUGGGAUUAUUCCUUUCAGCUUCGGCAGUUUAUUCAUCUUGGUCUUGGGCAACGGAAUUAUUAUGGGUUUCGACUAUGGUAUACAACUAUGGUAUUCAAGCCAGUUAUUAUUAUGGUGCAGGUUUGGCUGUUCAAAUUGCCGUUAUGGCCACGAUUGGAAUUCAUGCUAAAAAGAAGAUUCCAAAAGCUCAUACUUGUUUAGAAAUUGUUCAAUUAAGAUAUGGUGAUGUCUUGCAUGGUUUAUAUUUAUUUUUUGCUUUAGCUAAUAAUUUAUUAUCUUGUUCAUCUAUGAUUUUAGGGGCAAGUGGGGCUAUUGCUAUUAUUGCUGGUAAUUUAAAUAUUGCUGCUAGUACAAUGUUAAUUCCAUUUGGAGUUUUACUUUAUACAGUCGUUGGUGGGUUAAAAGCUACCUUCUUAACAGAUUUCGUCCAUACUUUAGUAUUAUUAUUAAUUCUUUGUUAUUUAAACACUUCAGUAUUGACUUCAGAACAAAUUGGUGGUAUUGAUGGUUUAUAUGAUUUACUUGUUAAGAAGGAUGCUUCCGGCGAUAGAUACGUUGAAGGAAAUUACAACGGAUCAUUAUUAACUGGUAAAUCUCAAGGUGCUUUAUUCUUUGGUUUAAUCUUAACAGCAGGUAAUUUCGGAUUAACCGUUUUAGAUUCAUCAUUUUGGCAAAAGACUUUUUCAGCAAGUCCAAGAGCUACCGUUCCCGCUUAUCUUAUUGCUUCAUUCUUAAUUUUCUCCAAUGUUUGGCCAUUAGGUUCAAUCAUUGGUGGUACUGCCAUUGUCUUAGAUGGUACCUCUGGAUGGCCAACUUACCCACGUCCAUUAACUGAAUACGAAAUUGAUUCUGGAUUCGUCUUACCUUUUGUCUUAAAGCAAAUCUUAGGAAACGGUGGAGUCGGUGCUAUUUUAUUAGUGGUUUAUUUAGCUGUUACAUCCACUGUUAGUGCUCAAAUGAUUUCAGUUAGUAGUAUUUUAACCUUUGAUAUUUAUAAAAAGUUCAUUAAUCCAAAUGCUCAAAACAAGCAAAUGAUUAGAGUUAGUCAUAUCGGUGUCAUUGUGUUUGGUAUAGUUGCUGCUGCCUUUUCAUUAAUGUUACAUUAUGUUGGUUUAAAUAUGACUUGGAUGGGUUAUUUCUAUCCAUUAAUUAUUUGUCCUGCUGUGUUACCAUUAUUAUUCACGAUUACUUGGGAUAGACAAACUAAAUUAGCUGCUUUCUUGGCUCCAGUUAUAAGUUUACCAGUUGGAUUAGCUGUAUGGUUAUCGACUGCUAAACAUUAUUAUGGUGAGAUUUCAAUCAGUUCUACUGGUGAACAAUUACCUUGUCUUUAUGCUGCUUUGACUGUGUUAUUAUUACCUGGAAUUCUCUCAAUCAUUAUAAGUUUAACUAUCAACCCAAAGAAAUUUGAUUGGAAUAAAUUAAAGGAAGUUGAUUUAAUUGUUACUGAUGGAAGUUCAACCCCUAAUGACAAGAAUACUAUCACAGUCAAUGAUACGGUCUCUAACUCUAGUAACGAUGAAAUCAAAGAAAAGCAAGAUUUGUCAGAAGUAAAUGUUAAUGUUGAUGCUGGAUCUCAACAAAAUGAAUCUGUAGAAGACAUUACUCAUGAACCACUGAAAUUAUCAGAACAAUUAACUGAUAAAGAACUUGAUUUCUGGAUUAAGAUAGCUACUGGUGCUGCUAUUUCGAUCUUAUUAAUUACAUGGGUAUUGUGGCCAUUACCAUUAUACAGAGACUGGAUCUUUACCAGAGCUUACUUCAGAGGAUAUGUCACUGUCAGUCUUAUUUGGCUUUAUUCAACCUUACUUAUAGUGGGUAUUGCUCCAAUUGUAGCUGGAAGACAUUCCAUUGCUAGGGUUUUCAAAGGUAUUUAUCAUGAUUACAUAAAGAGAGAUGGCCUUGGUGUUGCUGCUGCCACUUAUAAUCCUCCAAAGGCUUGA